CCUAAAACAAAGAACAACGACAAUACGUAAAACAGAGCCUCAGAUCUUAAGCAACCUCAGCCAGCUUCACCUUAUUCCUGGCUUUCUGAAUCGAUUCUACUGACAGUGAUUUGUUGUCAUAAUUGUGUCUAUAAUGUGGAGAUUCAAACCCUUUAUGCAAAAGGAGCCAACUGGGCUUGAGGGUCGCACUAUCGAUGUUGGCAAUCUCAAAAUUCAUGUACGGAAUGUCAUUGCUGAAGGAGGGUUCUCUUGUGUUUAUUCAGCUCGUGAUGCUGUGAAUGCAUCAAAGCAGUAUGCUUUGAAGCACAUGAUGUGCAAUGAUGAGGAGUCAUUGGAACUGGUGAUGAAAGAGAUAUCAGUGAUGAAAUCUCUCAGAGGACAUCCCAAUAUAGUCACACUUCAUGCCCAUACUAUUAUAGAUAUGGGGAGGACAAAGGAGGCUCUCCUUGUGAUGGAAUUUUGUGACAAGUCUCUGGUUAAUGUGUUGGAAGGCAGAGGUGCAGGGUUUUUUGAGGAGAAGCAGGCUUUAGCAAUUUUCAGGGAUGUGUGCAAUGCAGUCUUUGCCAUGCAUUGUCAAUCUCCACCCAUUGCUCACAGAGACUUGAAGGCUGAGAAUCUCCUUUUGGGUUCUGAUGGAUCAUGGAAGUUGUGUGAUUUCGGAAGCAUAUCUACCAAUCAUAAACGUUUUGAGAAGCUUGAAGAAAUGGGUGUCGAAGAAGAUAAUAUCCGGAAGCACACAACACCUGCCUAUAGAGCUCCUGAGAUGUGGGAUCUGUUACGGAGAGAACUUAUAAAUGAGAAGGUGGACAUAUGGGCUCUUGGAUGUCUCCUCUUUCGCAUAUGCUACUUCAAAAAUGCAUUUGACGGGGAAUCAAAAUUACAAAUUUUGAACGGGAACUAUCGUAUUCCAGAGUUGCCGAAAUACAGCUCCUUCAUUACAGACUUGAUUAGAGACAUGCUUCAAGCUUCACCAGAUGACAGACCAGACAUCACGCAGGUGUGGUUUCGUGUUAAUGAGCAGCUACCUGCUGGGUUACAGAAAUCAUUGCCUGAUAGACCACCUGAAAUGCAAUCUGCUGGUCAUGAAGCAGGAGUAUCAAAGCCACCAAAUAGGUCACCUCUGAUGCCUCAAAGAAGUCCACCACCUCCUCCUUCAUCUGGAGAAGCAACUAGAAAUGUAUCACAGCCAUCCGUUACCUCUGGGGUGGGUGGAACUGGGGGUUCGCUUGGUGCUUUCUGGUCUACUCAACAUGCUAAGACCUCAAUUUUUGUGGAAGACAUGAGCAGACCUAAAUUUGACGAAGAACCGACUAACUAUAGCUCUACAAUACACGAUGGGAAUCGACCAGAUAACUAUCCUUUACCCAAGAAUACUAGCCCUGUAAAAGAUGAAAAUAUAAGGACUAAUGUAAUAAGAAGAAAUGUUCAUGAUAAACCACACAAGCCUGAGGAUGGCCCUUCCAUAGAUGUCAAGAUGAACUUUUUCCAUAAAGACACAGAUACUGGUGUAGAGAAGCUGAAGGCAUCAAAACCUGAGGGCAUGGCUACCUUCCAAGAUGAUGCUUUUAGCUCUUUUGUUGCGGAAUUUGAUACCAAUAAACUUAACGCUGGAACUGGUAAUAACAGAUCAGGAAAAGAAGAAGCAUUAGAAGAUGAAAUAGAGAGGCUGAAAGUGCAGUUGAAGCAAGCCAACUUAGAGAAGGUUGAAAUGACAUCCAAAUUUGAAAAGUUAUCUGCCAUUUGCCGAUCCCAGAGACAGGAGAUACAGGAGCUCAAGCAAGCUCUUGCUGCUAGAUCUCCAUCACCAAAUAAAGAUGCUUCAAGAAAUCAAAUUUCAUCUGGGAAUCAAUCAUCUGCAACACCUCCGAGGGAAAAGAUUGAAGGAACAGUUUGGGAACUCCAGAAAGGUAAAACUGACUGGGGUACCCCAACUUCAGAGGCAAACUCUUGGCAAGCUUUUCCUGAGGAGCCCAAGCCACAGCGAAUUGCCCAUUCGGUUAGGACCAGAAAUGGUCAUCUUAACAAGCAGGCUGCUCAAGCAACUUCUGGUUUUGAUACAUGGGGUUUUGGAACGGAGAGUUUUACAGCCAUCUCUACAGCCAGCAGCCAGAGAGCAAAACCAAAUGGUGAAGGAAACAGUUCUCAGGGCAUUGGGCAGUCAAAGAUUACAGACAAGCAGUCAUCUGUUCAACCUGCUGGAUGGGCUGGUUUCUAACUAAAGCAAAUACUAUAGUUUCAUUUUAUGUGCUCCUGUCUGGGAAAGAUAAGGAAAAGCCAGAAAUACAACGUUUGGUUGUCUUCUUUUGUUUUGAGUGGUUGCGAUUUGUAGAUCAUCUAAUGCAAUUGAACAUUUGCACAUGUUUCUCUGAACUAAGCAGCAAAUUACAAAUAUAUACUAUUUGAAUGUCACAAUUGUUGUAUGUUGAGUAAGAAAGUAUAUAUUUUUUU